AGUGUCGGGCUCAGUGACGCAGGUUUGUGUGUCACAAUGGCUACGGGAGGCCCGGCCAGAGCGGGAGACGAGCCCGAGGAGGAAGAAGAGGAGGAGGAGGCCACCGAAGAGGAGGAGGAAGAUUACACCUUCCUGCCGCUGGUGCACGACAUUAUCAAAUGCAUGGACAAAGACAGUCAAGACGUUUGCCACGAGCUGAACGAACUCAAGAACAAGUUCCAGGCCAUGAGGAAGCAGAUCAACAACUUGCCAGGGAUCGACAUGACCCCCGAACAGCAGCAGCAGCACUUUCAGAGCCUGCGAGUCCAGGUUCAGACCAAGAACGAGCUUCUGCAGAAGUACAAGAGCCUUUGCAUGUUUGAGAUCCCCAAGGACUAGACGCGGCGUCGCUCUCUCGGGUACAGAGACAAUGGGAGCAGGCUCGCCAGACACAGAGGACCCUUCAGACAAUGGCAUGGGGGCAGAUCAUUGCUGUGUACACAAACAUUCUCUGUGCCGGCUGUACAGGACGACAGCGCCACCGGAAUAUACACGUGCUCUCUGGAAAAGGCCAACUU